CAAGAAAAAUUUUCAACCAACCAAAUUUUCCGAUCGCACGAAACCCAUAAAUAUAGCGGCAAGAUGGGCGAAUUCAACAGCUGGCUGAGCUCGAAACUGAAAUCUUCCAACGCGGAUGAGAGUGUGUUUGGCUCCUACAUAACCGGCAUCCUCGAAGGAGAUGAAAACGAUGAGGACAAAAUGGAAGCAUUGGAGGGUAUUCUCAGCGCAAUCAUUGAAACAGAUCUGGAACCGUUCAUCAAAGAAAUACUCGACAAGUGGAAGAUUUGCCACGACCGAGAGUCGGCCACCGGUACCGGUUCCUUCAAACCGACGAUGGACGUUGAAGUGCGUCUGGCCAAACUGUUGGAGGGACAAAAAUUGGCCACCAAGGUAGAAGAGCGCGAAUACACCGAAGAGGAACGGCGAAUCAAGGAGCAGAUACUGUCACAAUACAGCCAGCUCUCCGAAAGCGAUCAUGAAGAUGCCGACGAGGAAGGGGGGGCUAGUUCUUCCGAUCCGAAGCUGGUCAAAAACACAAACUUUGCAGAUGUACUGGCUCUGGCCAAAGAGAAACGUGAGCAGGCGAAACUAGAGAGCCAGCAAAAGAAGGAAAAGGACAAGCAGGAUCGAGAGAAGCAACGGCAGUUGCGCGAAGAAAAGAAAGAAAAGCGAAAAACCGUCAAAGGUGAACGGAGGCGGUAGCAACAACAGUUAGUACGGUUUUUUAUUGUUUCAAUCGAGCACUGUGCCAGUGCCUGAUGUUCUCUCCCUCCCUGUGUUCCCUCCUGAGUGAUGCAAAAUAUACGAAACUACGGAAAUAUACGGAUUGUAGGCUUCAGAU